AUGAAGGAGCUGAAGUUCAAAUCAAGUGUCCGUAUUCACAAGGAUAUGAAGAAUGUGGCAAGUAUUUCUACAAAGGCGUUUACAAAGACAGUGUCACUAUACUGUCCAGCGGAGAGAAGACCGUCAACGACCGAUUCUCAAUGCAGGACGACAAGAAAACCAGAACAUUCACAGUGACCAUCAGAAACUUGAUCAUGGCAGAUGCCGGGCCAUACGGCUGUGAAGCUUGGUGUAUGAUGAGUCGAUACUUUAAUCAAGUUCUUCUCAAGGUGAAUAAAGUGCUCUUCAUAUCUGCCCCCAGAAAACAAACCCCAUCACCAUCUCCAUCUAUAGACACCACCACUGACUGCACAUCCACAGUGUCGCACCAAACAGGAAGUGAAAGAACAAGUAGAGGAAAUACUGCAGGCCCGCUCUCUCAGGACUCUGACUUUACUUCUAUUACUGUCGGUCUGGUUGUGGUUCUGUUGGUUCUGUGUUCUGGAUCCUUCCUCCUCCUGAAAAUGAAAAGAAAGACAUUUAGAACAGCUUUACAUCAGCAAAGUGAGCAUCAAAAUAUAGAGAAUGACCGAAUGUAUGAAGAGAUGCCAGAAAGCCACCCUGCAUCACCUGACGUCACCACAAUGUUGUCCAAUCAAAUGUCUGCAUCACACCUCACCAACAUCCCAACAACCCUUAGUGUUUAUGCCAGAGUAACCAAUCAGCAGUCUGAUUUAAAGCUCAGUCACACCCAUUCAGCCAAUCAGGUGACAGACACAGAAUGUGAUUAUUAUGCCAAUUUAGAGUCGCCUGAAGCGACAGUGAAUAAAACAACAGAAUGUUUGUAUGCUAAAGUAAAACACCAGCAAGAUUUAAAAACUGAAGGUCAGAUGUAUUCUGUGAUCAAUGAAAUAUAUGAAUAA